AUGGUCGGAGCCUCCUCAAUUGUUCUGCUAUUAGCAGUUACACAUCUCUCAUCUGCGAUUCCUCACCCCGCGAAACCAGCAGUAGCACAUAAAGCAGUAUUAUCACCUAGACAAACAGACGCACCGGCAGCUGGAACACCUUGGGAACCUGCUCCAGAAUGCUACGCCUCACCCCCAGUCAUAGAGCCCGAUCUCGCAAAAGUGAUCAAAGCAGUUAGAAAUCCCCCCCAAAAUUACGACAUCUCCUCCUUCUGCUCCGCCGGUCUACAACGCUCCCUCGUCGCCUGGGAAGUAUCCACCAUCCACUCCCCCUCCACCACCACAAUCUACGUCUCGCGCACCGUUCUCAUCGCCCCCACACCCCCCGCUCCCUCUCCAACUAAGACAAAAACCAAAACCAAAACCAAACCGCACUAUCCACGGGCGCCUGCACCUACACCUGCGCCUGUGUUCAUGGAACGUGGUCUAGGGGAGGGGAUAAUGGGUGGGGAGAUGGUGAAAAGAGAUUUCGAAGCCCUCCCGCCGUUUCUGGAGGAGAUGAAUGUCUCGGUGUAUGUCCUGAAUUGGCUGGCGAAUGCGUGUAGUUGCGUGAUUACGGCUGCGAGGGCGGAUGUGACGUAUACGACGCAUACGCGGGAAGAGAGGGUUGUGGAUGUGAAGACUGUUACGGUUACGAGGACCUGA